AGAGAGAAAUAAAUAUGGCAGUCCACUUAGAAAUAGUUUCUCUUUUGAUGAAGAAAGUGAUUAUUAUAAUGAAUUAGAUACUCCAAUAAAAAAGAAUACAUACACUGAUUUUAGUCUUCCUAUAAGUGAAGAUACGAAUGAGUAUUCGCAAAAAUAUAACCAAAAAGUUUCAGAAUUAAGAGAAAUGAGAUUACGCUAUUAUGAAAAGAAAAGAGAUGAUGUUAACGAUGAUGAUGAUAGUGAUGAUGUUAGUGAAGACAUUAAUUAUGAUGUUAAUGAUAAUGUGUAUGUGAGUAAUAAUUCAACAUAUGAACGUAUGCCAUUAAGAGAAACAAGAGUAAGGUUUCAAGAGCAAUCUGAAGACGAAGACGACGAAAUCACUGAAGAGCAAAAUUUUGAAAAUAUUAUCGAUUCGGACCGCUUUUCACGAAUCAAUUUGACCAAUUAUGAAGAUCCAAUCGCUAGAUUACAAAUUGAUCCUUUCGAAGACAAUUCCUAUGAACCACCAAAGUUCUCUGAUAUUAAUAAUAAUACUGGUACUUUAUCGGACUAUUUUAUAUCAUCACCAGAUUCUCCUAAAACAGAUGAAGGCGUUUCUUACAGUUUAAGCAAUGAACAAAAAGACACUUUAACAUCGGAACAAUCAAGUACAACACAGGAUUUUUCAGAAGAUUCCCUUGAUGCUAAAUUAAAUAAAAUUACUGAAGGCG